UUCUAUUGUUGAGCCGCUAACUUGAUGUUGUUUUAUACGUUAGUUGACUUUAGCGAUAGAACGAUAGAAUGAUUUAAACUAUUAAUGUUUUACUGUGUUGGAAGCAGGUAUGGCUACAGAACAACGGCCUCACUGGUCGGAUGUUCUGAAAAAGAGAACAGCAAACUCGAUUAAAGAUGAGAGAAGCGAAGAUGAAAAGAAAUCGGAAGAAACCGAGCUGUUCACCAAAUACUACACGGAGUGGAAGGAAGGAAGUCAGAGAGAGCAGUCCUAUAAGACCAUCCCUCGGUUCUACUACAGGCUUCCAGCAGAGGAUGAAGUAUUACUACAGAAACUGAGAGAGGAAUCUAGAGCCGUCUUCCUCCAGAGGAAGAGCAGAGAAUUGCUGGACAAUGAGGAAUUACAGAAUCUGUGGUUUCUGCUGGAUAAACACCAGGUGCCUCCAGUGAGUGGAGAGGAGGCCAUGAUCAACUAUGAAGCCUACCUGCAGGUGGGAGAGAAGGCUGGACCCAAGUGCAAAAAAUUCUUCACAGCCAGAGUGUACGCAAAGCUGCUCCACAGCGACCCCUAUGGCAGAAUCUCCAUCAUGCAGUUCUUUAACUAUGUCAUGAGGAAAGUGUGGCUGCAUCAGACCCGAAUAGGCCUGAGUCUGUACGAUGUGGCGGGACAGGGCUACCUCCGAGAGUCGGAUCUGGAGAACUACAUCCUGGAGCUGAUCCCUACUCUGCCUCAGCUGGACGGACUGGAGAAGUCCUUCUAUUCUUUCUACGUUUGCACCGCUGUUCGCAAGUUCUUUUUCUUCCUCGACCCCCUCCGAACAGGAAAGAUAAAAAUUCAAGAUAUCCUUGCCUGCAGUUUUCUAGAUGAUUUGUUGGAGUUGAGAGAUGAGGAGCUUUCUAAAGAGAGUCAGGAGUCCAACUGGUUCUCAGCCCCGUCGGCUCUCCGAGUGUACGGUCAGUACCUCAACCUGGAUAAGGACCACAACGGCAUGUUGAGCAAAGAGGAGCUUUCUCGCUACGGCACAGCUACUCUCACCUCAGUGUUCCUGGACAGAGUGUUUCAGGAGUGUCUCACUUACGAUGGAGAAAUGGACUAUAAGACCUAUCUGGACUUUGUAUUGGCCUUGGAAAACAGGAAAGAGCCGGCAGCUUUACAAUAUAUUUUUAAACUUUUGGACAUGGAGAAUCAAGGAUACCUCAAUGUGUUUUCUCUCAACUACUUCUUCAGGGCCAUUCAGGAGCAGAUGAAGAUGCACGGUCAGGAGCCUGUAUCCUUCCAGGAUGUCAAGGAUGAGAUCUUUGACAUGGUGAAACCUAAAGACCCCUACAAGAUCACACUCCAGGAUUUGGUGAACAGUUGCCAGGGCGACACGGUGGCCAGCAUCCUGAUUGACCUCAACGGCUUCUGGACCUACGAGAACAGAGAAGUUCUGGUUGCCAGUGACAACGACAGCAGCAGCACAGCGGACCUCGACGACACCUGAGGAUUUGUGGUUGAGAUGCAAAAAGACUCCCAACAGCAACUCUGUUCCUCAGGAGGACAGCAGAACUCUUUACCUGAUGACCAACUGGCGAUAAACGAGGGCAGAAGAACCACAUAGCAGAGAUGGAAGAAGAAAAGUCAGGCAUUGUGCUCUUUGUAAAUAUUGUCUUUUGUUCCUGUCCGUUGUUUUCCUGCAAAGAAAACCUGACCUACAUGUUGCUGUCAUUUUACCAUCUUUAAGUGUAUUGCAACCACACAAAAAAGAAAAAACUAUGUUUCAUGUUGUAAUGUAUUAAAAAAGGUGUUUUCCCACAUCAUAGGAAGACAUUUACAACAAAAGGCUGUUGUUGUUAUGACGUACAAACUCAUCAGCUUAUAACACAAUUAUAACAAUAUACUAUUUAUCUUAUUAUACUGGGAGAUCUUUCAUAUUUGAUGACACAACAUGAUAAGAACAUGAAACCUUUCACAUUAAAGCACAAUAACUUACAUUAUUAUGUGGAACUCAGACUGAAUGAGGAAAUGGGGAUAAACAGGAAUAUGGUAUACAGUCAGUCAAAAUAAUGUUUACACACAUCAAGAAAAGAAAAACUUGCAUAAAUAUUUCAAUACUAAAUUUAUUCAGACGUCACCAAAUUGAUAGAAGUUACCUUCUGGUAAGGUAUCUAUAUGUACAGAAGUACUUAUACAAAUUAAAUAUUUAUGCAAGUUCUUCUUUUCCUGAUGUGUGUAUACAUUAUUUUGGCUGUAUUUAAAGUUUGAUUUAGUUCUGCUUCAUGCUUGGGUUGAGACAUGGUGAGAUUUUGAUGUUAUAAAUAGAUGAUAUUGUGAAAAGUUUGCAGACCCAAAGAAAAAUGUUUAAAAUGCAUAAAUUAUUUGAAGUAUAUAUUUCUCAUGAGAAGUUAAAGGGGCUCCAUGGAUGUGACUUGUCAUAGUGUCAUCAAUCGUGCUCCGUUCUGUUAAGAGUCAUGUUUUAACAUGCAAUGCUUCAUAGCAGUUUAUCAAAGUGUAACGUGAAAUGCUUUAUGUUAAAAUGAUGUUAACAUUAUCAUGUAGAAGGUUUCCCAAUAUAAUGAGAUAAACAGUGUAUUUUAUUUAUAUAUUUAAAAACAUCUUAUGUAGCAUUUUACUGUUUCUGGUGUGGCUGCAACACGCUCCUGUACCCUUUAGAGAAUUCUGUCCUGAGGUUUUUACUAUUAGCAAUUAAGAAUAUCAUAUGUAUGUCAUGAAACUUAUUUGGGUUCAAGUUUUCUAAAAUGAAAAUACAAACUGCAGAUGUGCAGAACA